CGGGGGGCGGUUUCCUUCUGCCGGAUGCAGCAGCAGCUUCUCCUCCUCGGCCGGCGACUGAGGCGAAGACGGCGCCCGGGAAAGAGGAGAAGGAGAGCCAGGAGUCUUCCUCUUGGAGUGAAAGGAUGCAGACGAUAAAGUGUGUGGUGGUUGGAGAUGGCGCCGUGGGGAAGACCUGCCUGCUCAUCAGCUACACCACCAACGCCUUUCCCGAGGAGUAUAUCCCCACCGUCUUCGACAACUACAGCGCUCAGAUGACGGUGGAUGGUCGGAUGGUGAGCCUGAACCUCUGGGACACUGCUGGCCAGGAGGAGUACGACCGCCUGCGCACCCUCUCUUACCCACAGACCAACGUCUUCGUGAUCUGCUUUUCCAUCGGGAGCCCUUCCUCAUAUGCCAAUGUGCGGCACAAGUGGCACCCCGAGGUGUCCCACCACUGCCCCAACGUGCCCAUCCUCCUAGUGGGCACCAAGAAGGACUUGAGGAAUAACGCGGAGACGGUGAAAAAGCUGAAGGAGCAGAACCUGGGCCCCACCACCCCUCAACAGGGGACUUCGCUGGCCAAACAGAUCGGAGCAGUCAAAUAUCUAGAGUGCUCAGCACUGAACCAGGAAGGGGUGAGAGAAGUCUUCGCGGAGGCUGUGCGGGCCGUUUUGUAUCCCGUGACCAAGAAGAACUCCAAGAAGUGUCUUCUUUUGUAGCCGGUGGGCAUCAUGGAGCAAAGACCGGGGGCUUGGCAUGUCUGCAGGUCACCUCCUUAAUCUAAUUGCAUCUUGCACUAAUGGCUUUAAGAGAGAUUUCUUUUGGCAAGUCCUCCCGCAGUUCUGGCGCCGGUUCCUGCAGAGUGAAAUGGAGGUUUAGAUUCCAGUUUGAAGAAUUUUGCCUGGCCACGAAAUUCUCAGCAUUUCCUGCUCCGCAUCAUGUUCUCUCUGUGGGUUGGAGAAGGGUUUCUGUGGGGUGACUCCUUCGAAGCCAAGUUCUGCCUUUACUAUACAAACCUAAGAUAUGGGCCUUUUGAAAGAAACGACGAUUCAUUUCGCUUUUCAGGUUGCUGCUGCUUUUUCUAGCCUUUCUGUCAAAAGCCAGUUGUCUUGUGCGCAGACAGGGUUGUGCCUUUCCGAUAUGUCAAGCGACAUCGAAUCAAUAUGUCACAGUGUUCAAAAUGCCUUUUGAAUUCGUUUUAAACCUGCUCCACUGUGACAUGUGAGGCACAGUAUAUACUAUGUGUAAUAGGAGAAGUGAGGAUCUGAGAGGGAUGGGGAACUGCUGAGAGGCUUUGCAUAGGAUCAAACCCAGGUUGUGUCCCUUUUCUUUGGUGGAAGGCAUUUGCUACUGGUCCAUGAAUAUAGGCUAGGAUUGGGAGUAGGUCCCUUUGGCUUUCAUGGCUGGCUAGUGAGGGCUUGUGAUGCAGUUCCUUUAUUUCUGCAUCUGUCUGCUCCUGUGCCCUGUCAGUAAGCCAAGGCAUUCUUUUCCCCAAUUUUCCACAUUGCCUUUAGUUUGGCUUUGGACUGCACAGAAUGAGAUACAUUCAAUUUAGCAGAAUGAGUUCUCCAUUCUAACAUAUUCCCCUUGCAUUGCCUUCUCUAGGACAUGGCCUCUAGUGGCAUCCCUGGUGAUGCGAAGAUGCUUGUCUGCCUGAGGCCUUGGCUAGAGACACCUGGCAUUGGCAUGGUGGUUUGCCAAUUGCAGCUAAGUCACAACUAAGCUACACAUAGCCUUGAAGGACCAGGAUUGGCAUUAUGCUAGUUUGGCUGCGGCACUUCCAUUUACUCCUCUGCGUACCAUAAUGGGCCUUAACCCUGUGAAUGUGGCCUUGUUUGCUCACUGCCCCCUCCUUUUUAACUUAACUGCCAUGGUCACAAAGCAGUAUUUCUGUGCCUUCUCCUCACUGUUACCUGCUCUGCAAGAAAAGACGAAUAAUUAUCUGCCUUUUAAAUGUUCAGGUGUGAAUGCUGUUAAAAUGCUGCACUAGUUUGUUACUCUCUGGGGCAUUGGUACCCAACAUAGAUGCUAUAUAAGCAGAGUUUAACUUCCACUAAAAUAUUAACGCUCCCUUUUUGAUAAAAGAGUUAUGCAAGUGUUGUUUUUUUUUAAAAUCUCUUUAGCACAAUGAGUGAUUUCAUUCAUCCGGCAGCGUUAAGAAACUCUUAAGCUGGUGCAGCACAGCCAUGUUGAUGCCCUGCAAGUGGGUUAAUUAAGAUGGGUUACUGGGAGCCUGAGGCUUCCUGGCAUCUCUUUCAGGACAAGGAGAGCUGAAUUUAUGUGAAGAGGCUUGCGACUGGCAGUUCUUAAGGACGUCUUAUGAGUUGCUUCUCCACAGCCGUCUUGUGGUGCUACCUAGGAAGAACAUGAGCCGUAAAGUAGGAGCCUGCCCCUACCCACCCACUUUUUCUCUUCUUUUAGCUUGACCCCCAUUCUGAAAUGAAUUAGCUCUGUGUUAUAUAAUGAUGAUUUUAAAACUCAGACAGUGUAGAGAAAACCUGCCCUGAAUCAUGAUACUUGUGAGCUGCCCUCUCUACUGUAAUGCCAAUGAAAUGCCUGAGCGAGGGAGCUGGACCAGGUGCAAAUCCAGCAUCCCUCUUAUCAAAGUCCUGAGAAAUGAAGCUUAGAUGGCUAUAACUGAAAAGCUGCCUUUGCCUCUUCUCCCCCCCCCCCCAAACCCAAGCUUAGAGACUCUGCCCCGGUUUCUUUGCCUGUCAUUGGACCAUUCUCAGGGUAUGGACUGGUGACCGACCCUUUCUUGGGGCCUAAGGAAUGAAGUUAAUGGUGCCUUGGUCUCAUCAGUGCAUCCAAAUGCUUUCUGAAUACCGGUCAAAGCAUUACUCUGUGUGUGUCUUUGUGUGUAUGAAAGAGAGAGAUCAUGGGUUUGCAUGCAUGCUCUGUGGCACUCAGGCCUUGGGAUGUGAUGGACCAGACUCUGCAGACCAAGGGUUGUGUAUUUGGCCGUUCCGCUUUGUGUAGGAUGUGCUCACCUUAAAACUCUGUAAAGCCUUGUCUCCUUUUGGUGCUGCAGGGGCUGGUGGGGGAAAGGGCAUCCGUAACUCCCUCGCAAAAGGGGUUUUUCGAGGCCGAACCGUGGGCAGCUGUGGUCCUACCAUCCCUUGCCAGGACAGGCAGCGGUGACGGAGGGUCAUGGGAGUUGUAGUCUCAGAAAAGAGCUGGAGGGCCACAGUCGGCCGCGGCCUUUCCUUUUCUAAAGCGGGGCUAAAUGGUUGUUGGGGGUGCAGAGGCCUUAAAGGCGCCAAGGGGAACCUGAGACUGUUUGGUACUGAAACCUAUACACUGGCAACUGAUUUUAUAGUUUUAAAAAGAGAAAUACAUUUGUACAGCGAAACUAACAAAAGUUAUUUUUAAAUUAUGCAGAAUUAAAAAAUGGAAAUAAAAGCAUUUUUC